GCAGGGAGAAAAAUCAAAACCCCAAAAUAUUGUUUUAAAAAGUUACUGCUAACUGUUUCAAAUCUUGGUUGAUUUCAUAUCCAAUCUAUAUACGAUAAGGAUAUCUUUUCAAUUGUCGUGUGAUUUUGAGCCGUAAGCUACCCCAAAGAUUAAUAAAAUCAGUCUUCUUGUUGAAUUUCAAAAUACGGCAUCGCUGUAUAGAUAUUGGAUAUUGGGGAUAAAUCCCUUCUAAUUCCAAAUACUUCAAUGAGAGAAAAGCAACAUUUGGCGUUAAAGUAAUAUCGUAAUCAAUUUGAGAGCCUUCUGGUAUUCCGUACAUAACUGAAAGGCUGCCAUAAACAGAUAAAGAAACAGAGAUAUCUGAGAGUUUAUCGACCAGCAGAACGUAAUCGAAAAUGAAGGGGGAAAGUUGUCCUUGGAAAAAGCAUAGGAAACGAGUCGAAUCUUUACUCUGUUUUGACCUCACCAACAAAGAACGACGUAAUAUUGCAGACGCUGGCUAUUUCUACCCAGGGGAUGGAGACGUGUUGGAGUGUAUAUACAAGAAGGAAAACGUUCCCACAGAUCGGCUUACAAGAGGAUGGCAUAUCUUCGAGGAUUCCCAGCACAUGAAAGAUUUUAAGGCAAAGCAGAAAACUGGAUAUGCCACAGAGGUACAUAACAUUACUGAACAGGACUGCAGUGUGGGAUCUAAUUUUGUUAACGACGACGUCUCUACAUGUGCCACACUCCAAGUUGAAGAACCGUUGGAUAUCAAUAGUCAGGAUCCUGACUGUCUGAAGACCACCGGAGCAUCUCCUUGGGGUGAUAAGGAAAAUGUCGAUUUUGUGUGUCAUGAUGGAAAGGGCUGUUUUGAGGAUGAGGAAAAAUACCAUCAAGAAAAAAUUCUAGAUACAUCUUUUGCGGAUUCUGAUGAGGCGAAAACAUUAAAAAGUCAAAAGGAAGAAUGGAAAUUCUUGGAAUCGCCGUCUGAAAGCAUCCCCAGUAAACAAGGUGUUCUCACUGGUAGGCACAUAGAGAUUGAAGUUAAGAAAUGCGGUGGGAAAAUGCAAGGAAAAUGUGGCAACGAGAUGGCGAAUUCGUCGAAAUGGGAAAACAAAAGUAAUUUCAGGGGAAAACACAGGAAUAAAGGAAUCAAGGAUUUCUGUCGUGAUGUCUUCUGCAAGAGAAAUCUGAUAGAUCUCAUCAGCAUUGGAUGUUGCAUUAGAGAUGUUUCCACUGGGAUUAAACCUAAUGCAACGACGUUUGUCAUUUUUCUCCUAUUAGCAGUACAGAUUACUGAUGUUAAUUCAAAUGAUGUAUGCUUGAUCAAACAAAAGCAAAGCAUAAAUGAUGUGGAAUCAUGCCCAAAAACUGUAGAAGAAUGGAAUAAAAGAGCUAAAGAAAAGAGAUGCGACGUGGUAUCAUCAUUUUGUUCCAAUGAUUCAAAAGUGGAGUAUCACUGUGUUUUGAAUCCUCAAGAAGAUGGUUUGAUGGAAGUGUGUGCAGAUAUAUGGUACAGUGCCGGCUUCUGCAUAGAAUGGAAUGAAAAUGGACUACAGGACAACUAUGAUUUGGAUUGUAAAAACUACAGCACACCAUGUCCCGGGUUUUAUGUUUCAAACAUGACGUACAAAUAUCAAGAGUGUUAUGGGAUUUAUGCAACCACUCCAAAUAAUACAGGUGACGGUGGGUCAUCCAGUGUACAACUGAUCAUAGGCAUUACAAUUUCUAUCGUCGUUGGAAUAUGUUUUGGCAUUAUGAUUCGACUUAUAUGGCGUAGGAAACAAGCAAGACACACGGAGAUGGAAAAAAGACUCGAUCAAAAUGAAAAUCAGACGCUGACGGGGCACGGAACUGCAAAAUUUGAUGAGGUGUAGAUGCCGGUUUUCAAUCGGAUAUAAUUGAAGUAGUAGACAGCGAAUGCAUUGUCCAUAACUUAUGCCUUUUAAAAAAUAUAAAGAACUUUACAAUGCACAUUGACAAUGUCGCAAUCAUGCUUCAAUAGGUGCAAAUGCAAACGGUGUGCAUCACCUCUCGAUCAGGAAACGGUGCCAUGAAACAAAAUCGUAUUCAUUACUAUAAUCAUUUUUAACAAGGAAACCUGGUGAAUAUCACGUUUAUCAGCAAUGUAUUUCAUCAGGAUCUUAUCUAACCGGAAUUACUCCGAUAUAUCCCUCCAGAUAAUUAGCCCAGUGAAGGAUUGUAAAGUUUACAGUCUAACUAGAUCGACUAGCAUAAUUGUUUACAUUCUAAUACAAGAGCUCAAUAGUAAGUAAAAUCAUUUGAGCAAUAUUUUGUUUACUAGCUAUAAAAAACCAAACAAUAUGAACUUUAAUAAUCGUUUAUUUGUCAAAUCAUGCUUAAAAUUCAAAGUUCUAAACAAUUUAGCCCUAUAUCUUUAUAUUUCUUCGCAAUUUCUACUUAAAUGACAAUAUUGGGAAUUGAACAUAAUAAUAUAACACUACCAUUGGGAAUAUGAACUUUCUCAAUUUCUUGCAUUAUUUUCACAACGAUAAAACAUACGUGAAAUCUGAAAUUAGAGAACUAACACUGGUAGAAAAUAUGCUUUUGUCAUUAAUGUUUUCCAUUCGUAAAUAUAACGUUACAUAUAUGUAUAAUAUGUGUAUAUUUGAGGUGGUUUUUGAUAAUUUUCUGUAUAUAUAUACAAUAUUUCAUUUCACAUAUGAAUAUACUUGUACAUAUUGAAUAUAGCUGCAAUAAUGUAGCCCUCUCCAAUUUGUUUUAUUCUGACGUUUUCAGGAUAGGACUACAAUUCCAUAGGAUCUUCGUAAUGGUGCAAAAUAUUUUUAUCAAUAACCUGUAAUGAACUUCGUGUACUUGUCUCCAAUGUUGUUUACACCAAAAAAAGUAUCGACUUUGCGCUUGGACAUGUCAAAUAAAGGUGUUUUUCAUUAAAUAUAAUUUACAACAUGCAAAAUUCUUCGUCCACUCCGCCAUGCUUGUUAUCGCGAGAUCUCGUAGGUGGAUCUACUGAAAAACCACCACAUUGACAAUCAGCGCGAAAAUGUAGUUACUCGAGCCAUUCCGACAAAGAAAGUUUUUUUUUAACUUGAUGCUACAUUUAAACCUUUUCAAUACCGACGAAAUUGCUUUCUCCUUCGUUCUCUUACAUUGAUGUUACAUUCAAGUUAUAUGGCAUAUGCAAAUAACUUGACUAUCGGAAGUUGAGUACAACAAACAUGGCGCACAGAUAUGAAACGAGAAAUUGGAAUACAUGUACAUGUAUAUAGAAAAUGUUGAAAACAGUAGAAUAGAGUCUCACAAUUCGUAAGUUACAGGUUGUAAAUCUAUAUUUUGACUAAGAAACAUAUAAUAUCAUUUUAUUUACGUAAAGAAAGUCAGCAAAUGUUUAGCAUGAUCGAAAAGGUUGCGGGAGUGAUUCACUCCCGCAUUUGCACCAUUACGGAGAUCCUAAGGAUCCCCAAAAAAUCGGAGAGGGCUACAUAAUUGCAGCUAAUUGCAUAAGAUUUGGCGACAGAAUAAGUUUGUCUCAGCCAUCUCCCAGUGUGUUAAAUUUGUUAUACACUGUAUAUACAUUUUCAUGUUUUGCCUUUGCUAUCUUUACCAAUUGUACUUAUAACCAUUUCCUCGUGAAUGCAAUGCAGUUGUUAACAAUGUGCGUAUGGAUCUUGAUAAAUAUAGUACAUCUAUGUCUAUAUCGGUUAGGGAAUGAUUCCGACAGAAAUAUUAGUAGAAUGUAUAUAUAAAAAAUAAAUUUCAUUUUUCAAAAUACGUUAGGAUAUGAGCUGCAACACUUCAUAUUAUGCAUGAAAUCACAACGAAAUCACAGCGAAAUUUGGACUCUAGAAUACCUUAUUUGCAAACAAAACACCUUUUUUUAUCAUUCCGGGAUAAAUCGCAAAACAAUCAUAUAAAAUACUUCAGAGCUUGUAUCACUUUUUCGAUGGUGAAAUUGCACUUCUUAAGAGAUGUUUUAACGAGCCAUUAAAUAAAAAGUGUGUGUAAUGAGCUACCUUAAUAUUUGUGCAUACCGAAUAUCAGGUAAUUAUUGGAAAUCUGAAUGAUUCAUAAGUUUUCCUCACAACAUUAUUUGAAAUUUUGGCGCUAAACAUUCAACGCAAAUAUAGUUAGCUGUAAUCUAAGGUAUACAUGCCGGAUCAAUCCAAUAUUAUCAAAGGAAUAAUGUUUAAGUAUGUAUCUUAUUUUUAUAAAGCAUUAUCAAUUAUACACUUUAAGCAAAUCAUACUAUUUAACUCUAGCAUUUAAACUUUUUCUUAUUCAUUCAUUAUAACUCCCCAUUUCGAAAUACUCAUGAUCAAGGGACGUCAUAAGCUUAAUCAAUUAUAUGGCGACGUGAAAGCGUGUUCACGGAACACCUUCAGCGAUCACAAAAGACAGUAAGACAGGGGAAGGGGUGGGGAGGACCAAUUUGAGCAAUGGACGUGUGAAGGGGAGUUAACAUAAGUUCAAACAUGAGAUCAUUGGUGCGAUUAAAUAUAGUAAACGAAAUCCUAAGUGAUGUUUCUGAUGAUACUUUUCCUGCGCCAUUGAUCAAUGCUUCACUCAUAAAUACGCAACAUGAAAAAAAAUACUGUUUAAUACGGCACAAAUAUCUUUAAUGGAAAUGUUGUCUCUCGUAUUAUGGUGAAUAACCCUAAUCCGAAAAUAAAACCAAACGGACAUUGCACCAAAUCUACCGGUUAUGUAUAGUGUGUAAAUCAAAUCUGGGUGUGUGUGAUACAUUUGUAGUGAAUACAUUAGUCUGUAGUAAACAUUUUAAACCUUAACUUUCUCUUGUAUGUAUUGGCAUCAGAACUAGAAAACACAAAUACAUUCAAAUUAUAGCAUUCUUAAAAAUGUAUGAUAUAUUAAACUUGCAUUCAACUCUUGUGCAUGUACAAUAUCUACUAUCACUACAAGGUGGCGAGGAAAUACUGUAGUCAGAGAAAUAAAUCAUUAUACAUGUA